AGACGGCGCCGCCACAUCCAUCCAUGGCCGGCGUCUACGACUGGUCGGAGGAGGGGAUCGAGGAGGACGAGGACCCCGGCCUGCUGAGGCGGGGCCGGAGCGCGCGGACGCCGUCUUCGUCGCCCGAUCACGACGAGCCCAUCAGGAUCUCCAGUUCGAGGUCGCUGUCUUCGCCCGGUCUCCGCCGCCCUUUCGGAUCCUCGGGGUCGGGGUCGGGGUCGCCCUCUUCUCCGCCGGGCCUCGGGUCGAGCAGGAGUUUCGGGGACAGGCCCGUCCCCCGCUCCGUGCGGACGCGGAGGUCCCCGAGGGCGCCGAGUGUCCGCCUCGCGGCCGCGGGCGGUGCCGGUUCUCGCGACGACGCAGGUGCUUCCACGGGAGGUUCCUACGACGACGCGGACGCCCCCGACGACCUGGAGUACACCGUCUCCUGGAUGAGAGACCGGAGCGCGAGGCCGAGGCUCACCCCGCCGCCGGACGCCACAGCGGCCUCCGCUUCCAUCACAGCAGGCCGAGCAGAAGAGGACAAGGAGGAGGGCGUGCCGGCGGAACGGGAUCAGUUCUCCUUCCCCCCGAUCGAUGCGCCGCCCAGCGUCGUCGACGCGGCGGACGUUCUUGGCCAGUUCGCCGCCCAGUUCUUGGAGGCGACGAUGGGCGCCACCGCGGGGCCCAGGACGGAGGCGAUCAAGAAGGAGCUCCUCCUCGGCCGGAGGGUGGUCGACGUGGCGGGGCUCGAGCGGUGGCUGCGGAAGGCGGAGGCGCUCGCCGAGCUCGCGUGGUUCACGGACCUGUGCUCCCACGAGGGUUCCGAGGCGCCCCCGCUCGAGCUCUUCGAGUGCGCGUUCCGGGCGCUCGAGGCCGCCUCCUCCGAUGAGCUCCACCGCGCUGGCGCCGACGCCAGGAGGUUCUGGAUCGGUCCCGUGGCCGUGCUGGACUUCUUCCUGUGCCCUCUCUCCAACAAGGUCAUGGAGGACCCCGUCGUCGUCACCUCUGGAAAGACUGUUGAUCGUUCCGAACUGGAGAAAUGGUGGAACAAACACAAACGCAUCUGUCCAGUUACCGGCGAGGUUCUCAACCACAGCAUCUUCAUCCCUGAUGUCCUCAUUGCGCGGUGCAUUUCGCGAUGGCGUGCCGCAAACAGGAUUAGUGAUCUGACAGCAUCUACUGAUCCACCCGCUAUCUCUCCUGAGGAGGAAGCCCAGUUCAAGGAAGCCACCGUGUUGGCUCACUCCCCAAGCAACUCUAAAGAAGAUUAUGAAGCUAUCUUGCGCCUUCUGGAGCAGUGCUCAUUCCUGCAUCUGCUUGGCCGCAGCCCAGGGACAAUAUCAAAACUUGCCUGCGUCCUGCCAGAGACAUGCCUGGAGCCUUACCCUGAACUGGACAACAUUAUCCUGGAAAUAUUUGCGAAGGCAGCUUCCUACAGCCCCAACAAGGAGGUUCUUGGAGACGAUCGAUACGCCAUACCUGUGCUGAUUGCAAGGGCAUUGCUAGGGCCUGUGCCAACUAGAGCCAAGUGUGCUCAGAUCCUUGGGCUACUGGCUGACAACUACUACAAUAAGAUCAAGAUUGGUGAGCUUGGAGGCUUUGCUCCGCUGAUGGAGCUGCUCCUGGUAGGAGACAUUAGUGUGAAGAGGACUGUGGCGAGGGCGCUCGCCAGCCUCUGCGAGGCCCAGGAGAACUGGAGCAGAUUUGUUCGGGAGGGGGUGGCAGACGCGGCCAUAUCUCUGAUGCGGAACGACAACCUGGUUGACGAGGCUCACAGCAUCUUUUUGCAGGCCGAGGGUUUUGAUGUGGCCAUGACGGAGAUCAUGGACAAGCUGGAGUCGUUUGACGGCGAGAAAAUGUGCGAGGAGAUGACUGAUCGGCUGUGGGAUACAUUCAUCCGAUCGACACCAGGCCAAAGGAGAAGACCUGCCAACUUCGCCCCCGAGGCUCCAGAAGCGUCUUCAUCGUCUUCAUCGGCUGCGAGCAUGGACGAUGUUCAGGCUAUCGUUUCAUGGCUACAGAACAGGGCGUACAAUCCCCGGACGUACAGGUACGGAGAUUUAAAAUCGCGUAAAGAAGCAACAGGCCAGAAAAGCAGUAGCUGAUGAUUGUGAAGAUAGGUGUAGCUGAGGUCAGGCUAAACAGUGAUCCUUAUACAUUGCUCUGGGUGAAACAUAUAUACGGAUGCCAUUGUUAGAAUGAGAAGGAUAGGUAGCUUUUCAGUUGUACAGGCCUCAAUGGAAUUCCUUGUACAUUGCUGUUCGGAUAUUUCGUUGGUCUCAGAGUUUCUGGAGGUUGAGUUUCUGUCAAAGAAACCAGUCUGUGCAAGUUGAGGAUACAUUCAGAUUUGUGGAUUUGGAGCCGCUGUACAGUUAUUGUAAGUUUCGCUGUUUCGACAGGUGGUUUACAUUGCAGGAUUAAAAGUAUCUUGUUGUGCCUCUUCAUACUAUCAAAUUAAGGAUCAUGACUUGAAUGUCUAGCAACUCAGUAUAUAAGUUUACACACCCACUGUCAGCCAAAAUACAUGUUUAAUUAGUAGACAUUGCAAUUCAGUAGUUUUCGCUGGAAUUUCAAGUUGUGUCCAUUCCCAGUAACUGAGUAAGCUUGCACACAUCACU